CGCUCCUUACCCCCCAAUCGAAAUUCCGAUAGUUUCGACAGCACUUUAAGGCAGCAUUAGUUACAGGUUUAGAGGUACCGCGUCGCUCCAAGCAAACAAUCCUACGGAACAAACAAAGUCAUAGUAAACAAAUAUGAAACGUCCCGGAAAUGUAAAAACAGCGAUUUUAACAACAUUUACUCUUCUGCUUUGCCUGUAUUCAGUCAGAGGUGACUACUGUGAGGUGAAUCUUUGCCAUAAUGGAGGAACAUGUGUGACAGGGGUAGGAGAGGAUCCAUUCAUCUGUAUCUGUGCGGAUGGCUUCGGUGGAGACGCCUGCAACCUCACAGAGACGGGACCCUGCAAUCCUAACCCCUGUAAGAACGAUGGCUCAUGCGAGGUCAUCGCUCCGACUAGACGAGGAGACGUUUUCAACGAGUACAUCUGCAAGUGCCAGCCCGGCUUCGAGGGAGUGCACUGCCAGAUCAAUGUGAAUGAUUGUGCCGACCAGCCCUGUAAGAAUGGAGGGAUGUGUCGAGAUCUUGAUGGAGACUACACCUGCCAAUGCACCUCACCUUAUGUUGGAAAGCAGUGCCAGCUACGUUGCAUUUCUCUGCUGGGGAUGGAGGGAGGAGCAAUCGUGAAGUCCCAGAUUUCAGCUUCCUCUGUGCACUACGGCAUUCUAGGUCUUCAGCGCUGGGGCCCAGAGUUGGCUCGGCUCAACAACCAAGGCUUCGUAAAUGCCUGGACGUCAGCCGGCCAUGACAGGAACCCCUGGCUCGAGAUUAAUAUGCAGCAGAAGAUGCGUCUGACGGGCAUCAUCACUCAGGGUGCCAGUCGCAUGGGCACGGCUGAGUACAUCAAGGCCUUCAAGGUGGCGAGCAGCUUUGAUGGAAACACUUACACUACUUACAGAGUGGAUGGCCAACGGAGGGACAAGGUUUUCGUGGGCAACACAGAUAACGACAGCACAAAGACCAAUCUUUUUGACCCUCCUAUCAUAGCCCAGUACAUCCGCAUCAUCCCAGUGAUUUGCCGCAAGGCCUGCACGUUGCGCAUGGAGCUUGUGGGCUGUGAACUCAAUGUUCAUUCAAACACGGCAGGUUGUUCAGAGCCUCUGGGAAUGAAGUCUCGCCUGAUCUCAGAUGGGCAGCUUUCAGCCUCCAGCUCUUACCGCACAUGGGGCAUCGAUACCUUCACAUGGCACCCUCAGUUUGCACGACUGGAUAAGCAGGGAAAGACAAACGCCUGGUCUCCUGCCUACAACAACCGCUCCGAGUGGAUUCAGGUGGAUCUAGAGAAGACAAAGCGCCUCACAGGCAUCAUCACACAGGGAGCAAAGGACUUUGGUGUGGUGCAGUUUGUGUCAGUGUUUAAAGUUGCUUACAGUAACGAUGGAGAGUCAUGGAGUAUGGUGAAAGAGAACACCGGCAAUGAUAAGCUUUUCCAAGGCAACAUCGACAACAACACCCAUAAGAAGAAUCUAUUUGAGCCUCCGUUCUACGCCCGAUAUGUCAGAGUCGUCCCCUGGGAGUGGCACGAGCGCAUCACUCUACGCAUGGAGCUGCUGGGCUGCGAUGACUAGAAACUCUUCAAUCACCAUCUAACAGUGCUCCAUUCUCAUCCAGUCACUCCAUCUCCUCAAACCACAGCAGAGGAAUGGAUCAUGAACAGAAUAAUCCUUUUGUUUCUCUGGGUAAACAUCCUGUUGGCUGCUGGGACUGUAACACUUGUAGCACUUUCUGACUAGUGAUCUAUUUAAUGUUUAUUUUAAUAUGAUUGUUUGACAUUGCUCACAGAGAAUCGUCUAUGAAGUAUCUAUGAUUUGAGUCUUAAUAGUUUUGGAUAUUACCUAAAUAUGCAUAGAUUUGCUCUUAGUCCAUAUUAUUUGCUCCUAAGAAUUGUUGUGAGUUUGGACACUUGAUAAUAUUGCUCUUCCAGUUGUAUUCCAAGCUAAUUUGCCAUUUUUUAUUUAAAUUUCUGUCCUUCUUUUGCAGUCCCACACCACUUAACAAGUAGUUUUUUGUAGUUUUAAAAGUAUGCAGGGGACAAACAGCCUCACUAACAUACUACUCACUAUAUAUCACAAUGCACGUUGUCCAACUGCUGUUUAGUUACUCGAGACAAACUAGCAUGAAGAUGCAGGGCCUGUGCAAUAUAGAGAAUAAUUUAGAUAUAUAAUUUAGCAACUAUCCUGAAAGAAAUAAUAUUUCUAAGAAUAGAAAAUUAAAAUGUUCUAAUUUUUAA